UCCAGUCAGGUAUGUGAAUGGAGUGAUGCAUUCUGUUGCGUUGGGCUCACGCUUCGUCAUUCCGCUGCGUAAUCCACUGCGAAAGAUUCAGUUGCCCCAUUCCCCCUCCAGCCCCGUCAAGCUCUUCAGCCUCCUAUCCGACUUGCAUUCCCUCACCAAAAUGGAGGUACUCCAAUCACUACUCUUUAAUCGUCUCUUUCGAAAUUUCUGGACCGGUGGAUUGGUUGACAAGAACAAAAAAAUGGUGGAAAGUUUGGAGCGUUAUGGUGUAAUCAAGUCUAAGGAGGUGGCAGAAGUGAUGGAAAGAAUUGAUAGGGGCGUUUUUGUACAAAGUGGCACUCCAGCUUAUGUUGAUAGUCCUAUGCAAAUUGGUUUCAAUGCAACUAUAUCUGCUCCUCACAUGCAUGCAACUUGUCUAGAACUGUUGAAGCAGCAUCUGCAACCUGGAAUGCGAGCGCUAGAUGUUGGUUCUGGAACUGGGUACUUAACAGCUUGCUUUGCAAUCAUGGUUGGACCUCAAGGACGCGCAGUAGGUGUUGAGCAUAUUCCAGAGCUUGUUUCUUUUUCAAUUGAGAACAUAAAAAAAAGUGCAGCAUCUUCAUUACUGGAAGGAUCACUAUCGGUGCAUAUUUCUGACGGGCGGCUUGGUUGGGCAGAGCUUGCACCAUAUGAUGCCAUACAUGUUGGUGCGGCGGCCGCUGAAAUUCCCGACGCACUCGUUGAGCAGCUAAAGCCAGGCGGCCGAAUGGUUAUUCCAGUUGGUACCAUAUUCCAGGAUCUCAAAGUUAUUGAUAAAAAACUUGAUGGAUCUAUCAGCACUCAUAUUGAAACAUCUGUAAGAUAUGUUCCACUGACUAGCAAAGAUGCCCAGCUACGCGGCUGAACAGCUCUAGCUUCUUUAUUACACCUGUUUUAUUUUCUUUUAAUAUUUGUAUGUUUUCUUUAUAAUAAAGUGGAGGUUUUGGCAGACUUUAAGAGUAUGUUGUUCUUAAGAUUUAUAUUGGGGUCAUAAUAGAAAGUGCAAAUAAUGUUUGUGCA